UUUGUUCUUCGAUUUGAUCACCAACUCUCACAUAUUUCGAAAUCCCAACACUUUGUUCCGUGUUAUCUUCUCUCUCUCAUAAUCCUUGAGUUUCACGUCUCAAGCUUGACCACUUCUGCAAUUCCCAGAUUGAUCUGUAAUCAUGGCUUCCAUGAGUUUCGCCUUGAAUCGCUUCUCUGGACUCUCCUCUAAAACCACCUUAUCAGCUGACUUCGAUCCAUCAUCUCGCCGGAGUUUUCUACCGCCGACUAGAGUUGGACUUAAGAUCUCUUCCGCCGCCGAAUCGGAGCCUGAUCUCAGUGUCACUGUAAAUGGCCUGAAAAUGCCCAAUCCUUUCGUGAUCGGCUCGGGUCCACCGGGUACCAACUACACCGUCAUGAAGAGAGCUUUUGAUGAAGGUUGGGGAGCCGUCAUCGCCAAAACCGUAUCAUUAGAUGCAGACAAAGUUAUCAACGUGACACCUCGAUAUGCUCGGCUACGAACUGGUUCCAAUGGCUCAGCCAAAACAGAUGUAAUUGGGUGGCAGAACAUAGAACUCAUCAGUGACCGACCUCUUGAAACCAUGCUCAAAGAGUUUGAGCGAUUGAAAAAAGAGUAUCCUGAUCGGAUUCUGAUUGCUUCCAUCAUGGAGGAAUACAACAAAACUGCUUGGGAAGAGCUCAUCGACCGUGUUGAGCAAACUGGUGUUGAUGCUUUAGAAAUCAACUUCUCGUGUCCUCACGGUAUGCCAGAGCGCAGAAUGGGUGCCGCUGUUGGACAAGAUUGUGUGCUUCUCGACGAGGUUUGCGGAUGGAUUAAUGCUAAAGCUACAGUUCCUGUAUGGGCUAAGAUGACUCCUAAUAUCACUGACAUAACAGAGCCUGCUAGGGUAUCUCUAAAAUCAGGAUGUGAAGGAAUUUCAGCUAUCAAUACAAUCAUGAGUGUAAUGGGAAUUGAUAUGAAGACGCUGCGUCCCGAGCCAUGCGUUGAAGGUUAUUCAACUCCAGGAGGCUACUCUUAUAAGGCCGUUCGCCCAAUUGCGCUUGCCAAAGUUAUGAAUAUUGCCAAAAUGAUGAAAUCUGAGUUCAGUGAGGAUCACUCGCUUUCGGGUAUCGGAGGUGUUGAAACUGGCUAUGAUGCCGCUGAGUUCAUUCUCCUUGGAUCAAAUACUGUACAGGUAUGCACCGGCGUGAUGAUGCACGGCUAUGGUCAUGUGAAAACCCUUUGCGCCGAGCUUCAAGAUUUCAUGAAACAACACAACUUCUCAACGAUAGAAGAGUUCAGAGGGCAUUCGCUGCAGUACUUUACAACACACACAGAUUUAGUUAAGAGACAGAAAGAAGCAGUUGAGCAGAGAAAAGCUGAGAAGAGAGGCUUGAAAUCUGAUAAAGAUUGGACCGGAGAUGGGUUCGUGAAGGAGACUGAGAGUAUGGUUUCUAACUAAGUUAGUAGCCUGAUGAAGUAGUGAUGACCACCCAAAUAUUCAAUAAAGGUUCUGCAACUUC